GGCCUGGCGUGGAUGUGCCACCAGGAGGGGCCGGACAGCUCUGUGAAGGGGGGCAUCCUGGCCGACGAGAUGGGCAUGGGCAAGACAAUCCAGGCGAUCAGCUUGAUGCUGGCCCGGAAGCAGAAGGCACCUUGCCUGGUCGUGUGCCCCAUGGCGGCCGUGAUGCAGUGGGUCUCCGAGAUCGAGCGCUUCACUACUGAGGGCGCCCUCCGCGUCAUGGUGUACCACGGCGUGGACAAGGCCUCAGUCAGGCGGCCGAGUUCCGGAAGUGUGACGUCGUGGUCACGACAUACCAGACUCUGGAGAACAGCUACCGCCGUGAGAUGGACAAGACGAGAGUGGAAUGCAAGUACUGUGGCAGGCUCUUCCAGCCCGACAAGCUGA